UUAUUGUUACAUUUUUAAUAAGAUAACGCAGUGGUUUCGAAUUAUCUCUCGCUCUUUCUAAAGCCCCGGAAACUUUUCGGGCCCGCAAAGCCAUUUAUAGUUAACCUGUAUCUAAUAACAGAAAGGUGUGUACGCCUGAAACUUCUUGAAUGAAGGGAAUUUCUGGCCAUAUUUAGAAUAUGUAAAUAAAACAGCUCUGUAAUCAUAAGGUUUGAGAUUUUGCUACGGCUUUCCGGGUGCGGAAACUUUUCGGGACCUUCAAGAAACGGGCCCCUGGGAUCAUUUGUGGCCCCGAGAAUAUUUGCGGGCCUGUAUAGUGCAGCUCCAAAUUUUAACUCGAAAAAUAUCGCAACAAAAGAAUGAAAGUACAAGAAAUAUAAAAUUUUAAAAAUCCAUAGUCUCACUAAAACAGAAAUUUAAGGGUUUUUUUUUCAAAAAAGAAAAAACCCGACAGCAACAACACGAAUGUCAUUGAGACCCAUUGAAAACAAGGUCGCCAUAAAAACCUCAAGUCACAUGGCCGUCAAUAAAUAAGAGUAACAGUAAAGUGUGUUCGACUUAUUGAUUUGCAGCAAGUCGAGGUUCCGCUUAACCCUUCGCUUUAAUUCCUAGCUUAAAUACAUGCGUAUACAAGGGCAAAGGAUUUUAUUCUCGGCGCGCCCAUGCACUUCAAACCGACACAAACUUUCUAUUUCACGCACUUUACUUCAUGCCACCCUCCAGGCGCUAGGAAAGGCUUAAUCAAAGGCGAAGCCUUACGAGACCUUCGACUUCUCAGAACCAACUCCUCAAAAGCUACAUAUGAAAUAAACAUUACACAAUUCAAACGGAGAUAACGCAACAGAGGUUACCCACAUGACCUCUUAGGGCCGGGUCGCACUAGAGCCAAUUUUGUUUGUUUAAAGUAUUUCCAAUUUUUGGCUAGGACAAAAAUUGGCAAAAAAUUUCGCAUGUUCCAAAUUUUGGCGGUGGUCGCAUUGGACCAACAUGUUUUAACCAAAACUUCGCUGAUUGACAUAUAAGUCACAAGAUCUACAGACAACAAAACAUCUCGCGCGUUAAUUGUGCAAGAAUGGAUGGUCAUAAACAUAUGAUUAUUUUCGCGGCUUUCGGACUUUUGUUGAAUUUUGUGUUUCAGUCUCAACAAAACAACGUAACGUUUUUAGUAUUGUUGGUGCACUAUCAGCAGGCUUUUCAACGGUUAGUGUCUGCUAUUAGAAGACGUAGGGUUCGCUUGAAUAGACGUCGUUUACGAAACCGUCCUUGGUCGUGGAUUUUACCGCGUCCGGCAGAGUCAUGGUUUGAAAUACAUUUCUACGAUAGAAACAUUCCAGAAGAUUACUUUCGACGCCAGCUGAGAAUGAAGAGAGGGACCUUUCAAGCCCUGGUUGGCAUCCUGACGCCGUGGUUAACCAGAGAGAAUACGCGAUUGAGGGACUGUAUUCCACCGGAAAAAGUUUUAGCCCUAGGAAUAUAUAGGCUUGCACACGGCAAUUCAUACGUGAGCAUUGGACCUGUAUUUAAUGUUGGCAAAUCCACUGUAAUCGAGGCCGUCCAAGAUGUUGUGGCAUCUUUGUUUGAACUGAAAGAUGAAUAUAUACAUUUCCCAGAAACAGUGGCAGGAACAUAUAUAGGAACAUUUAAAGACUUAUCUCGACUGCCAAACAUUGUUGGAGUGAUCGAUGGCACCCAUAUACCGAUAAAUGCACCGCGCGAGAGUGCAGUCGAUUACUUUAGUCGCUAUCAACAUCACGACUUUGGCAUUCAGGCAGUAGCUGAUGGGGACUUGCUCUUUUUGGAUUUUUCCCUGAAUAUCCAGGAAGUAUGCAUGACGCUCGCAUAUUAUGGAACAGUAGUUUAUAUCACAAAGCUGAGCAAGGAGACAUUCUCACUGGCCCCAUCGUAAAUGAUCACCACCACGAGAUUGGCCCAUAUUUAGUAGGUGACAGUGCUUACCCGAUAUCACCAUGGCUUCAAAAGC